AUGGCGGAUCCUCUCAGUGUCGCUGCUUCAAUUGCUGGCCUAAUAUCCAUCACCGUCGAGGCUGGCAAAUUUCUCAGGCCAUACGUGUCUGCUGCCAGAGAGACCCCUCCAAUCGCCGCUCAUGUCUACUCAGAAGUGCAAAGCAUUGAGAUUAUUCUCAAUGGGCUACAAAAUGUGACCAGCAGCCUGUCUUCUGUCCAUUCCCGAAAUGCCGCUUUGAUAGGUGUCAAUCAAGUGAUCACUGUUCUCACAGAUGGAGUUUUGCUUUUCUCUGACCUCCAGGAUGAGCUGCGAUGGCUAUCACCUAAAAAUGAGGAUGAGGGGGUUCCAAUGCGAACGCGGUUGCGUUGGGUUCGCAAAGAGGGCACUUUGACUGCACUUCUCACCAGGUUACAGGGCUUCAAAAGCUCUAUGACCCUUGUCUUGAUGAUUUUAAAAAGUGACUCUGAUCGAUCCGCAACUCAGCACCAUGAGCAACUCUCAGCCAACAUCAAUCUUCUUCUGGAAAGCAACCAAUCAUUAUCCCGUCGCUUGAUGAAUUUAGAAGAAUCCAUGGAUACCGCCACCAUUGCGUCACGACGAAUGAGUUUCUUGACGCUCGUUGACGGUACCUCACAAAACAUGGCGACUGAACAAUCACAACCAUCUAUUGCAGAAACUGACUCAACCGUUGGUGUGUCAAAAUUCGAUUUUGAAGAUGAUCUCGAGGCUUCGCGUGCAUAUCGUCGUGCGCAGCGUGAUACCAUGGACUUUUCAUUUCGGAGUUCGAUUGCACGAUCCAACUCCUGGUCGGUAUUCUCGGGACUAAGCCUCGGUGACAUUUCCAUCAUGGCAGUCAUUGCACUACCAGUAUACCAAGAAGAUCUCACGAACCCCGAGCACUACGACUUUGGAAACGACACGGUUGUUGUUGCUAAAGAGCCUGAACCCACGAUCGAGAGACCGUUGCUGGUUGAGUGUCUCGACAUAAUAUGCAAAAUGCGUCAACUUCCAGAGAUGGGCGAAUAUUUUGAUGAAUGCGACGAUCAAGAAGAUACAUUCAAUACUCUGUGGUCUGUUUUGCGUCAUGGCUACCCUCUCAUCAUUUUACUCAAAGCUUUGGAUCCACGAAUAAAUAUUGGGGAAGAUAAGAGUAUCCAUUUCCCCAUUCCGUUAACUCGAUAUAACUACAGUGCUGCUCUAUCUUCUGCGAAAGCCGCCAUAGCCUCGUUUGUACAAUACUGUCGUGAAAUUCUAGAAAUGGAGACAAGCAGCCUAUUUACGGUUUCAGACAUCGCAGGAACGAGUCAUCAUCAAUUCUCCAAGGUUAUAUCUGUCGUAUCUUUGCUUGUCGAAAGGUUGAUAACUGCUGGGAUCGUGAGCAACAGCGACAGCUUUGCAGGUUACAAUCGAUUUGAACUGCACGACUCAACAGAUGUUGUAAAUGAGUUUCUCUCCGAACAGCGCCACCUAGUUCGUCAAAUGACGGAACUUGCGAAUAUCAGGAGUCAGCUAGAACAUGAAGUCAUCCCUCGUGAUGGAGGGAUCGUUGUUUUCGGACAAGUCGAGAGACUGGUCGAACUCCACAUUAUGAUGUUGAUAAGAAUGGAGCGGAAUCUUUUCGUACUACGAGAAGAUAAUAGGUGGCAUCCAGCGUUUGGAUUAUACUUUGAGCAAAUCGAACCGGAGGCAUUGUUUGUCGCCAAUGAGGGGCUAGCCAGAGCCAAGAUACGUUCAUGGCUUGAUCAAGACCGGUUCAAGGACGAUGAACGAUCGAUUACUUUAUUCACGCAGUGUCUGAAGAUUAUACCCCUUCUAGGUCAGCAAGUGCCGAGAUAUGAUUCAUUUCUAGAGUACCUCGAUAGCCAAGAAAAGACAAACACCGAGCAGAUAAAAGAUAUUCUCAUGUCCAAGGGAUCUCUCCAUCAAGCAGCAGAAAGAAUAGGCGAGGCUGUCAAGGAUGAAGCGAAUCGGGAGAUUGUGAAAGAUUUGAAUCUUUGUAUGGACGAUUGGAAGGGUCACGUACUCACAACGUUUGGCGACUUGACUCUCUUUGACUUUAUCAGCAUUAUCACGAAGAACAAUAACACAAAGUCUGUACGCUCCCUCCGCCACAUCUCACUUCUAUUCUCAUUUUGA